UAUGUCACAGCAACACCAGCAGCAGCAGCAGCAGUCGGUCUGGCGGAGCUGAGGAUGAUGAUGGCGUCCGUCGGAACGGUUCUUUAACGGGAAAACAAACAAAAAAACAGCAGCUCUUACGAUGGACGGACACGUUCCAGACCAGCAGCAGCUUUUCCAGUUUCUGAGGAGGCUCAAGGAGGUUUUCGACGUGUGCGACGAGGAUGCUGACGGCUUCAUCCGGGUGGAGCACCUGGUGGAUCUCGGUCUGCGGUUCGGUCAAGGAGACGAGGUGAAGAAGUUAACCAGUUACCUGGAUCCUAACGCUCAUGGGAAGAUCAACUUCAAAGACUUUUGCCAUGGAGUGUUCGCCAUUAAAGGUUGUGAAGAGAUACUGAAGAUGGGUGUUGGUCCUCGCAGUGUGUCCUCCAACCAGCCGUCUGUAACUGACAAUGGUUACAUUUACCAGAACGGUGAGGCCAAACUGGGCCCUCCCAUUAUCAUGUGCACGCGGUCCUACCCAGAAUGCAGUGAGUAUGCUGAGGCUGGUGGCGCUGACGGGGAGUGUGACAUGGACAGCAGCACUGAAAACGGCAACAGCUCUGACUCUUUGGAUCCGAGACGGCACGACGGUCGCCGAAUUGGCUCAGCGUCUGCGUCAGUCAUCUCUGGGGAAGAGCAGUUCGAGGACUAUGGUGAGGGAGAAGAUGUGGAUUUUACUCCCAGCAGUCCUUGCCCUGAGGACGACACCAGAACAAAUGGCUUCUCAGACCUGGGGUCCUCCCUCCCCUCCAGUGCCGGGCAGACUCCUCAGAAGAUGAGGCAACUAUAUAACAGCGAGCUGCUGGACAUCUACUGUUCUCAGUGCUGCAAGAAAGUGAAUCUACUCAAUGACCUGGAGGCUCGACUUCGAAACCUCAAGGCUAACAGCCCAAACAGAAAGAUUUCCAGCACAGCAUUUGGACGUCAGCUGUUCCAGGCCAACCACAGUGUGUUUGGAUCCAGUCAGGGCAGCAGCACAGAGGAUCUGUUCACAGACAGCAUCGACUCUUGCGACCUCGACAUCACAGAGAAAGUCAGUUAUCUGGAGAAGAAGGUGACAGAGUUGGAAAGCGACUGUCUGGCCAAUGAUGACCUCAAGUCUAAACUCAAACAGGAGAACACACAACUUGUCCACAGGGUGCACGAGCUGGAGGAGCAGGUGAAGGAUGCAGAAACUAGGGCUGAUCAGAGUCUGGAGGAGGAAACGAAGAGGCACCGGGAGGCUUACAGCAAGAUGGACAGGGAACGAAACGUAGAGAUAGACCUACUCUGUAACAGGGUACAGCUGUUAGAAGAGGAGAAUGGAGAGAUGAAGAUAAACGUGUGCAGACUCAAGUCGCAGACAGAGAAACUGGACCAGGAGAAGCAGAGGAUGACAGACAAGCUGGAGGACACAAGUCUGAGGCUCACAGAUGAGAUGGACCUCUACAGGAAGAUCAUGGACAAACUCUGGCAAAACCGCCACGAGUUUCAGAAGGAGAAAGAGGCCAUGCAGGAGCUGAUUGAUGAUCUGCGACGGGAACUGGAGUAUCUGCAGAUGUUUAAACUGGAGAUGGAGCAUCCAGGACAAGGCAAGGGGCUGGCUGAGUUCAAUGCCAGGACCAGAGAGAUGGAGAUGGAGCAUGAAGUCAAGAGACUCAAACAGGAGAACCAUAAGCUGCGGGAUCAGAACGACGACCUGAAUGCGCAGAUUCUCAGUCUGAGUUUGUACGAGGCUAAGAACCUGUUUGCCUGUCACACCAAGGCACAGUGCCUGGCGGCUGAGAUUGACAAUGCGUCCAGGGAUGAGCUGGUCGAUGCUUUGAAGAAUCAGGAGGAGAUCAACCUGCGUCUGAGGCAGUACAUGGACAAAAUCAUUCUGGCCAUAAUUGACCAUAACCCCUCCAUCCUGGAGAUCAAGAGCUAGAUGCCACACACACACACACACACACACACACACACACACACACACACACACACACACACACAGACACACACACACACACACACACACACAUAUAUAUCUGCACCACCACAGCAGAUUGUCUUCAUAUCCACUAUUUAUGAGGCGAUCUGUCAAUCAGUGUAGAACUGCAGUGCCAAGUUAAAUCUGUCCACCAGUGUUUUGUGAUCAUUUCUUUGAAACUACUGAAAUGUGGAGACUGUAAUAAAUUUGGAGAUAAAAACAAAACAAAAACAAAAACAUAUGUUCAUUUCUUGUGGAGACAACACAGAGCUCUACAGUGAGUGAUUAUAAGAGGCUGUCGCUCAUUGAAGCUGAAACACAUUUAAAGAGUGUAGGACAUAAAAUAGUAUAAAGCAAUUUAAAGGACCAUGUCAGUGUCUCACAUUUUUCUUCCAAAGCAGUCAGAAAGUUAUAAAUCAGUUUGUAUGGACUUAAAAUUAGCUUGACUUCAGUUUUCAUGUGAACAUCAUGUUUGUUUUAUGGUUCAUCAUAAUAUAUAGCGGUGCUGGUCCAAAUUUAAUAAAUACACCUUGAAGGAUCACUAAUUAACACCUUGUAUGUUUGUUUGAACAGAAAUGUUAAAUGGCAAAUUGUAGUUUAAGAUUAGAAAAUAAAAAUCUGUCUUUAUGUGAUAACAUUUGAAUUGUGUGCAAUUGCUACGAACAAACAUGUUUGAACACUGACAUGGACCUUUUAGGUGAAACAACUUCUAACCCUUUAAUUUGGCUGUCUCAACACAACUGAAUGUCUCCAUGGUUAAUAUAUGCUGUUUACAUCACAUCAGUGUAACUAUGUCAUUAAGCCUCUGUGUUUCUGAAGACUACUCACGAUGAAGGUAUUUAAAGGUGCUAAGAGCCAAUAUUAUGUGCCAAAACUUUAACAUUUCACUGUUUUCAUGGACUGAAACAGUUGAAGGGUGUCACUUUUUCCUCAAACAGAGCUGGAUGGCUCACUAACAUCACAUAAAAUGAGAUGAAUUGCCAACAACUAGAGCUGAAGAGGUGGAAACAUUAGUGCUAAAGUUGAGCGGUGGCUAUUCCCAUUUCAGAUCUCCUUAAAGGUGGUCUGUGGAGAUGGUGACCAAUAGCAGAGCUGUGUUUUGCACACACUCAGACACGCAGAUGAUGGGCAGUUGGUGGUGGUUAUGCACCAUCAAAUGUAGGGAACAAAGGCAGUGUAAACAGCAGCACUUAGAACAUGAAAACAUCCACUUUGCAAUUGUUUUAUUGGGGGAAAAAAUGGACUCAACAAGUUCUUUCAGAUCCCAAAAAUACAGUGUUCUUAUAGUUACACGAAACGCCAAAGGCCACCUUAAGUACAGUUGUGCAUACACUUAUCCUUAGCCUACUACAAAUACAAUAUUAGUGUUGUAUGAAUUGACAUUAUUUCCAAUAAUACUGUUUACUUUGCAAUGUUCUAUAAAAAAAAGCACCUGCUCACUUCAAACAACCUACACAUUUAAAACGCUGCCUUCAGUGUCUUUGUGAAUGAGGGGAAGAUCCUCAUUAUUCCACCUGUGUUGUAAAUUACUUGAAAUAAUUUCACCUAAAUAUUUAAUAAUGUAUCGUUUGACACAUACUUGUCACAGCCACAGUGACCUGGAUAAGCUAGCUAAACACACUGAAAAGGUAUUCCACGCAGUGAAGAGAGCAGUCUUAAGCUGCCAUAGUGAGCACUA